AUGAACUAUUACGUACCAUCCCCUGAGGGAUGCUUUCCAUCAGAACCUCUACCUCCAAUUUAUGGCUACAACCCCGAUCCUCCCUCUCAUGACCACCAAACUGGACCACCACAACAUUUUCCCCAAUUUGAUCACGGGUUUGAACCGUUUGAUCACAUGUCUGGUCCAAUGCCGCAAACGCCCUUUAUUUUCCACGGAUCUUCAGAUGGAAAUUUUGGAGGAUUCCCUCAAAGUCAUCACAUCAGCACUCCCCCUGCAUCAGCAAUUGCCCACGGAAAUUCUGCCGUCCAAGAUCAGCCUCAUUACCCCAAUCAACCACCGCCUAACCAGCCCGGUAGCAUGAAUACUCAGCCAACGACUUAUACGUCCCCAUCACCUGUCCUAGUCAAAGGUAAAAGAGGACGCAAGCCAAAGGCCAAUAAGACCAAUUCAGCAGUGCAGGAUACCGCCACGUUAAAAUCUCCUAAUUGCACGCCGACCAACUCAAAAGACAAUUUUCACCGCCACUGGGCAAGACAUAAGAAUUUGAAUGGUGAAUCGGCUAGCGAUAUCUUAAUCCAAUGGGUCCUCAUCCCCGGUAAUUACAACAGAUGGCGCGAAAAGGGUUCCAAGAAGAAUGUGAUAGGCGAAGAUAUCUCGCAAUUCUUGAUUCAAAAUGGAAUCUUUGGGCGCGAUGGAAAUUCAGUGGUUCAACAAAUGCACUCGUUAGAGGAUAGGUAUCGAGAAGCUCUAGAGAGGACCAAGCAAACUGGCGGGGGACUAAUUGGAAUCUCAGGAGAGAAAUCAUUCUCCGACCAAAUCGAGGGGAUAUGCCCAUCAUUCUACGAACUGGACCAAAUCAUGGGUGAUCGACCAUCAGCCAUGCCCUUUGAUGAGAUAGACCUCGUGGACGACGUAAACGAGAAUGAUAUCCGCGAUGCUUUCCAGCUCCGUACAGCCAAUCAAGACGUCUUAGAUGUGGAACAAAACAUCAACAACCCAGAUUUUAGUGACCUCUUUGACCCAUCUGAUACCAAUGAUGAUUCAUUCAACCUACCAGCCCCUCUACAACGCGAUAACCUGAUGGCGGCCAUCCAAAAUGCAGAUCAACCAAAAGUCACCCAAUCCCCGAAGCAUCGCCGCGAGUCUACCAAUAGCAUCAAAGAAGAUUCCUUCGAUUCACACAGCGACGUUAUAGUCAAAAAGCGACGGCCAUCAGGCUCUUUUUUAAAAUCAAUUGGCUUUAGGGCUCAAUCGCCAAGCAAGUCUGUACUCAAGAUCAACACAUCUGAAGCACGUGAAAAGGCGGAUGAAAAUUAUGAACAACGCGAACGAGCUAUUCAAGCUCAUUCCAAGACGGCUAUUGGAACACUUAAGAUUGGCCAAGAGAUGUCUAGUUCAAUGAAAACUAUCUCAUCUGCCAUCACGAAUUUGGCAAACCCCAAACCCCCACCACGUGACAAAAUCGCCAAGAAGCGCGAGAAGAUGCAGUUGCGCCGUGAGAAGUGGGAGCUUCAGUUGUUAAUUCACAAGCAGAAAUCUGAGAAUGAUUAUCGUGAUCUUGAGCUAACUACUAAGACUAUACGUGAAUUGAUGGAGACGGGAAUGUCCUCCACAGAAUCUACCAACUUGGCAGAGCGUCUGAUUGAAAACCAAAAACAAAAGUCUAGACCCGAUUUAGAUGCUUUAAUGGAUUAUGACAGCAACGACAGUGAUAGUGAUUGA